AUGAAGAAUGCUAUUGCCAUUGUAUUCCCCGAAUCUCGUCAUAGAUAUUGUCUGUGGCAUAUCAUGCGGAAACUUCCAGAGAAGCUAGGAUUUCACGCCAAAUUCUCAGCGGGGUUGAAGACUGACAUUCAAGUUGCAGUAUAUGACUCACAGACUACAUCAGAAUUUGAGGCCUUAUUCGAGGAAAGGUCUUUUUGCAUUCCAGCUUAUUUGAAAACUGAAUUUUGGGCGGGUAUGAGUACGACUCAAAGGUCGGAAAGCAUGAAUGCAUUUUUUUAUGGGUAUGUCCAUUCUGGAACCACGUUGAAGGAAUUCGUCGACCAGUUUGAUAAUGCCCUUAGAAAGAAGGUUGAGGUAGAGACCACUACUGACUUCAAUUCUAUGAACCAAACAAUUCCCUGUGUUUCUCAUUUCAACAUUGAGAAACAGUUUCAAAAGUUAUACACGAAUGCAAAGUUCAAAGAGGUCCAAAAAGAGUUGUUGGGGCUAAUGUGUUGUAAUUGUUCGUUGGUAAGCACACAAGGGUGCAUUCUAAAAUACGAUGUAUUGGAUGAAAUAUCUGCUGAUGACCACAUCAAGACAGUAAAUUUUGAAGUUUACUUUAAUGAAGAAGAAGUGGAGGUAAAAUGCACAUGUGCACUAUUUGAGACCAGGGGGAUUCCUUGUAGGCAUGCACUUAGAGUUUUGCAGUUGAAAAAGAUUAAUGUGAUGCCAGAUGUAUAUGUAUUGGAUCGCUGGAGAAAAGACAUAAAGAGGAGAUACACAUUACUCAGAAGUAGUUACGAUGACCAGCGGGACAGAUCAGAUGCACGAAAUUAUGAGGUUGUGGUUAAACGAUGUAUGAAAUUAGCAACCAAAAUUUCCUCAGAUAAUGGAAAGGUCAGCGCUUUCCUGCGUGUUGUUGAUGACUUUGAGAAAAAGUGUGAAGGUUCAACACCAGAGUCGACAUUCGAACAAACGAAAGAAAAUCCAAAAGUGGUCGUAGAUACGGGUGUGAAGAUCUUAAGCCCUAAUGUCGUCCGAGGGAAAGGGAGACCCCCAAGCAAGAGGAAGGUUUCCCCCGUGGAAAAGAUAGCAAACAAGAGAAAAAAACCGACUCAAAGGAAAAUAUUGGUAGAUGAACCAGACCAGGGUGCUGGGGUUGGUGUUGGUACACAAGAGAGCAUUCUUACACAAUCAACUCCACAAGGGAAUUUGGAUGAGAUGUGUGACCGAGUUGAUGCACACAAUGGUACUUUCGAACCACACCAACAACUGGGUGUUUCGAAAACACUUUCAUCAGGUGCAGACGCUGAUGAUUGUGUAGAUGGCAUGACUGAUUCUGCAAUCACUGCACACAAGUUCAGAUUUGUCAUUAUGGAACAAGGUUGA